CUCUCAGUGUGCUCUACCCGCCUGGCUGUGUGAACACGGCGCUUUUACAGAUGGGCCAGCGGAUUCAUCUUCAAUGAACAGCCCGGCUCUUCGUAGUCAGAUGGCCCCUCUGAAGGCAGUUAUGCACAUUAUUGCUUUAUUAUGGAUAAUGCCAUCUAUCUGGGCUGUAGAAGAUGUGCUGAUGGACUCGAUGACAGCAACGGCGGAGCUGGGCUGGACGAUAUACCCAUCAGUAGGGUGGGAGGAGGUGAGUGGCUAUGAUGAGAACAUGAACACCAUCCGCACCUACCAGGUGUGCAACGUCUUCGAAGCCAAUCAAAACAAUUGGGUGCGCACCAAGUACAUCCGGCGGCGAGGGGCACAGCGCAUCCAUGUCGAGAUCAAGUUCUCAGUGCGAGACUGCAGCAGCAUCCCUAAUGUCCCAGGAUCGUGCAAGGAGACCUUCAACCUCUACUAUUUCGAGUCUGACUCGGACAUGGCCAGCAAAGUUCACCCUCCAUGGAUGGAGAACCCCUGGAUCAAGGUGGACACCAUCGCAGCCGACGAGAGCUUCUCGCAGGUGGACCUGGGUGGCCGGGUGAUGAAGAUCAACACAGAGGUGCGCAGCUUCGGCCCUGUGUCUCGCAACGGCUUCUACCUGGCCUUUCAGGACUACGGCGCCUGCAUGUCGCUCAUCGCCGUGCGGGUAUUUUUCCGGAAGUGUCCCAGCGCUGUCCAGAACGGAGCUGUCUUCCCAGAGACUUUGUCAGGAGCCGAGAGCACUUCAUUGGUGGCGGCGAGAGGGACCUGCAUAACCAACGGAGAGGAAGUUGACGUGCCAAUUAAACUGUACUGCAACGGAGACGGAGAGUGGAUGGUUCCUAUCGGGCGCUGCAUGUGCAAAGCCGGACACGAGGCAGCCGAGAACGGCACCAUCUGCAGAGCAUGCUCCUCGGGAUACUUCAAACCAUCUCAGGGAGAUCAGUCGUGCCAGCAGUGUCCUAUCAACAGCCGCACCACCAACGAAGGAGCUACCAGCUGCGUCUGCCGUGUUGGCUACUACCGCACCGAUUCAGAUCCUGCACAGAUGCCCUGCACAACCGUGCCCUCUGCCCCUCAGAGAGUCAUGUCCAGUGUGAAUGAGACAUCCUUGAGGCUUGAGUGGAUUCCUCCUCGUGACAGUGGUGGUCGAAAUGACCUCGUCUACAACAUCAUCUGCAAAAGCUGUGGCUCGGGCCGAGGUGCCUGCACGCGCUGCGGAGACAACGUGCAGUUUGUGCCGCGGCAGCUAGGCCUCACCGAGCCACAUGUGCACAUUAGCGAGCUACUCGCCCACACGCAGUACACCUUCGAGAUCCAGGCGGUGAACGGCGUCUCUGACCAGAGCCUCUACUCACCUCAGUUCGCCUCAGUCAAUAUAACAACUAACCAAGCCGCUCCCUCAGUGGUGUCCAUCAUGCAUCAGGUCAGCAGGACUAUCGAUAGCAUCACACUGUCAUGGUCUCAGCCAGACCAACCCAACGGAGUCAUACUAGACUACGAGCUGCAGUAUUAUGAGAAGAACACUGCUGAAUUUAACUCGACUACACUGAGGAGCCAGACGAACACAGCUGUAGUCCGAGGCCUGAAGCCAGGCACCAUCUACGUGUUCCAAGUGCGAGCUCGGACAGUCGCGGGGUUUGGACGCUUCAGUGGGAAGAUGUAUUUCCAAACCAUGACCGAAGAGGAGUACGAUUCCAGCCUUAAGGAGAAGCUGCCACUCAUCAUCGGCUCUGCCGCUGCAGGCGUUGUUUUUCUCAUCUCAGUCAUUGUGCUCAUCAUCGUCUGCAACCGGAGAGGCAGUGACAGGACAGAAUCUGAGUUCACAGACAAGCUCCAGCAUUACACAAGUGGCCACUUGUCACCAGGUAUGAAGAUCUACAUCGAUCCCUUUACAUACGAGGACCCCAAUGAGGCAGUGCGGGAGUUUGCUAAAGAAAUAGACAUGUCCUGUGUGAAGAUUGAGCAAGUUAUUGGUGCAGGUGAGUUUGGGGAAGUGUGUAGCGGAAACCUGCGCCUGCCUGGGAAAAGAGAGAUCCUGGUAGCCAUUAAAACGCUGAAGUCUGGCUACACUGAGAAGCAGAGGAGGGACUUCCUGAGUGAAGCCAGCAUCAUGGGUCAGUUUGAUCACCCCAACAUCAUCCACUUGGAGGGCGUGGUGACAAAAAGCUGCCCCGUUAUGAUAAUCACUGAGUUCAUGGAGAAUGGCUCUCUGGAUUCCUUCCUUAGGCAAAAUGAUGGGCAGUUCACGGUUAUUCAGCUGGUCGGCAUGCUGCGAGGCAUUGCAGCUGGCAUGAAGUAUUUAUGUGAUAUGAACUAUGUGCACCGAGACCUGGCUGCCCGCAACAUCCUGGUCAACAGCAACCUGGUGUGCAAAGUGUCUGACUUUGGGCUUUCCCGCUUCUUAGAGGAUGACACAUCAGACCCUACCUAUACCAGUGCCCUAGGUGGAAAGAUUCCCAUCCGGUGGACCGCUCCAGAGGCCAUCCAGUACAGGAAGUUCACCUCGUCCAGUGAUGUAUGGAGCUACGGCAUCGUCAUGUGGGAGGUCAUGUCCUAUGGAGAGAGACCAUACUGGGACAUGAGCAAUCAAGAUGUGAUUAAUGCCAUAGAGCAGGAUUACAGGUUACCUCCUCCUAUGGACUGCCCCAAUACAUUACAUCAAUUAAUGCUGGACUGCUGGCAGAAGGACAGAAACAACCGGCCUAAAUUCAGCCAGAUCGUGAACACCCUGGACAAAAUGAUCCGUAACCCUAACAGCCUGAAAGCCACUACCCCACUUUCUUCAGGCGUACACCUACCUCUACUGGACCGCAGCACUCCAGACUUCUCCAGCUUCAACAGCGUGGACGAGUGGUUGGACGCUAUAAAGAUGGGCCAGUACAAGGAGAACUUUACCAGUGAGGGCUUCAGCUCUUUCGAUGCCGUUUCCCAGAUGACUCUGGAUGACAUCCUACGAGUGGGAGUCACUUUGGCCGGCCACCAGAAGAAGAUUCUCAACAGCGUGCAAAUGAUGCGAGCUCAGAUGAACCAAAUCCAGUCGGUGGAGGUUUGACCCUCAUUCUUAGAGGCUCUCAGAAUGACUCCCACCUCCACCAGCCCCCUGGCUUCAGAGUUCAGCUGCAGUCCUUCCUAUGAAGAUGUCCACAGCAGGGUAGGUCCUCAGGAGGGACUCCCACACAGCAAUCACCCCCCAAAAACCACCAGCAUGCAGCAGACUGGAUGGAGUCGGACAGUGAUGUCUGGAGGCCCGCACUUGUACUGUACUAUUACAAUGGUGAUGAUUUUAACUGUAACAUCAAAGAGAAUAACAGUUUAAGGAUUCGAAGGGAGUCACUGAUCAUCAUCAGUGUCUAGUUUUGUUAGAUUAUGAGACCCUUUGAAAGGGAAAUAAGUAAAAUCCAAUUAGUUCUGUCAUCUAUAGCGGUACUAGUCUCAUGAUAAGACCUUUGAGACAGAGAAAGUAUAAAGCUGAGAGUGGAACAGUAAAGAGAGGAGAAAAAGAUGAAAAUGGACCAUGGACUAAUGGCAUAAAAAUGAGCCUCUUAUACUCCUGCUGAUGCCAUAUGGUAAGGAAGGAUCCAUUUGGCAACCCAAGAGGAGUAAUGUAGAAAUUGUGAAAAUUAGUGACAAACAAGUCUGAAAUAUUUUUUUUAAGAAUUUUAUUGUGAUAUUUUUUAUUUUUCCUUUUUUUUAUUGAUUUCUUUUUGGGUAUAUACUCACUGGCGACUUUAUUAGGAACACCAUACUAAUAAUAUGUAAAGCCCCGUUUGCCCUCAAAACAGCAUAGCAUAGAUUCCACAAAGUGCACGUCAAGUCAAAUUUUAUUUAUAAAGCAUUUAUAACAGCUGACCCAAGUGCUGUACAUAACAUCAUUAAUAAACCUCAUUAUGCAAAGAAUAAAAAAAAAAAAAGAAAAGCUUUAAAAUGGCUAAAGGUUGUUGGAAAGUGCUGGAAAUAUUUCUUUGAGAUUCCGGUGACAUGACUGCCUCACAUUAUUGCUGCAAUUUUGCGAGCUGUGUUCAUGCUGCUAAUCUCCAGUUCUACCACAUCUCUGAGGUGUUCUGUUGGAUUCAGAGCUGAGGACUAAGAAUACAGCUGAACUACAAUGAACUCGUUGUCAUGGUCUUGGAGUCCGUUUGAAGCAAAUUGCACUGUUGUGUUAGUUAGGUGGCUCGUUAUCGUGGCAUUUAUAUGAUGUUGGAUUGAAAUUAAAGAGCCUAACGUGUUCCAAGAAAUCAUUCCUCACAGCAUUACACCAAAACCCCUUUGAACUGUUGACAAAAAUGCAGUUGAGUCUUGUGAUUCAUUUACCUCAUGUUUUUUAUCCAAAGUGGCUUACAACUAAGAGAGAAUACAACAGUUGAGGGUUAAGGGCCAUACAGACUGAGGCAGAGAUUUGAACUCAUGACUUUCUAAUCAGUUGUCUAGAACCUUAAUCACUGAGAUAACACUGCCCAAUAAGCCCUCUUCAGAUGUCUUGAUUGGUGAGUCUGUGCCCACUGUAGCUCUGGGCCAUGAUAUGAGAUCAACUAUGAUCUAACCAUCCAUCCAUUUUCUAUACACGUUUUAUUCCUUAUUAGGGUCACGGGGGUCUGCCGGAGCCUAUCCCAGCGCACAUUGGGCGAAAGGGGUUACACCCUGGACAGUACAUCACAGGGCCACAUAUAGACAGACCACAGACACUCUUAAAAUUGAGAGAUCAAUUUUAAACUUAAACUCACUCUUAAAAUUACCAAUCAACAUGUUUUUGGACUGUGGGAGGAAACCGGAGUAAACUCACACAGACACAGGGAGAACAUGCAAACUCCACGCAGAAAGGCCCCUGCCUUUUCGAACCCAGGAUUCGAACCCAGUACCUUCUUGCUAUGAGGCAACAGUGCUAACUACUAAGCCACCAUGCUGCCCAACUAUGAUCUAAUUGAUCUUAAAUAUAGGAACAGGAAUGGAGAAAAUAUAAAUCCUCCAGCAAAAGCUUGAGACGAUAGAUUUUGGUAAAGCAGAACAACAUUAAUAAUUAAAAAACUGAAUUUUUAGAGUAACAGAUUUUCAGCUCAACUACACAUCUUAAACCACACAAAACACCUGAAACUAUUAGUUUAAUAGUAGUACUUUACUGUAGCCUCAGACUCCUGUCCUGGGCUGAAAGAAGUGAAAUAUGAUUUGAUCAUCUGCUGUUGUAGCCCAUCCUCCUCAAAUCUUAAUGUGUUGUGCAUUUUUACAUACCUUUUUGCUCACCACAGUUGUAAAGAGUUCUUAUAUGAGUUACUGUAGCCUUUCUGUCUCAAAUCAGUCUAAGCAGUCUUAUCAACAUGGCUUUUUCUGCUUGCCACGCACUGGAUUUUUUUCUUUCUUUCUGUGUAAACUGAAUGUUCUGUGUGAAAAUCCCAGGAGAUCGACAGUUUCUGAAAUCAGCCAGUCUGCCACCAUUAACUAUUCCAUGGUUAAUGUUACUGCAGUCACAUUUGUGAGAUCUGAUGUGAACAGCAACUGAUGCUCUCGGUCUGAAUCUGCAUGAUUUUACGCAUUGGUAUAAUUGGCAUGAAUGGAUAAAUAUAUGAGUUCCUAAUAAAGUGGCCACGUAAGUGUACAUUUAUUUAUUUUUCUUUUUAACAUACAAUGUAAUAAUCCAUAUAGCUUGCUUUUUUUUUCCAGAUGAUGGUUACCACAUGCACACAUAUCACAGGCACUUAACUUUCUGACGUUCGAUUACGGCUGAAGUCCAUUCUCAACAGCCUGAAAUAGUUUACAUGUUAAUUUGCAUUUUCUUUUCUACCUGGUGUCAAUACGGUACAUGCACCUUAGUAAGAAAGUAAACGUUCCCGUGAAUUUCUCAUCAGAUGUCACGUUGUGCAAAGUUUGGAUUCUUCUUUUCCUUCUCCUGUACACGUUUUAAUGAAAUUCAGACGGAAUUGACAGUGUACAGCUGAUUGGGUGCUGCGUAAUCUGAACGAUGGCCUGAUAUGGGGCUCGCCCUGACACUUCUUCACACAUCACUUUUUCAGUUGGAAAUCUCUGUUUUGUAAUGAUAAAACGUUGCGAGUUAAUAAAAAAAUGAUAUGUACAUUAGGCAGUAUAGUAUAGGGCAGUACAUCUGCAUAGUGACGUGUCAGCAGUCUUGGCUGUUGUGUAUACAGAUGUGUCAAUGCAUCAUGGUCAUUUGAAAUCAUUCGAAAAAUGUCUUGGGUCAAACGUCUACCAAUUGUUUUCACCAGCCAUCCUGGGUUUUGAAAUAACAUCGACAUAUGGUAGAAUUUCAUUGUGCGGUUUAUUAUAGUGAGUCUGAUUGAGUCUGUGGUCAUGUAUGACACGAAGAGAUCUUAUUUCACAGCUGUAAAACUUUACAUUUACUAGAAGAGUCGUAUUUUAAAACUCACCCUCCCAUUCCGUAAAUAUGGACAAGCACCUUUACUGCUACAACAAAGUCAUUUGUUAGUUAAUUCAUUCAUUUGUACAAAAGUAUAUAACCCAGCUCCAUCUCUUUGUUGUAAAGUACUUUACAAUCUGUAAAUCUUUUUUAUCACUGCCUUUUUGUUUCUUUAUUUAUUUGGAAUUUCAACUUUGACAGAUGUUUCUAAAUACUGCACAUUUCUAACACAAACCCAAAAUCCAGUUGUUGCGUUUUCAGUGUGACAAUCACGUGUCUCCUCUUUUCGACUCAGUGUGCUUCCUUUCGUUUAGUAAUCCAGUCUUCCACUUCUCACUCACCUUCUCACAUUUGUCUUGGUUUGGUUACAUCGUAGAGAUGUGGCAUUGUGCUAUACAGGUGAAAUGUUUGGGAUUUUUUUGCUGUAUAUUCUUUUCUUUAUCUACGGUACAAAGACUGUAAUGACGGGAAUGCAAGGGUCAAGACAUCCACUCUCAGGCAUGCCCAUGAUAUUCUACAUUCUUUGUAUUCAUGGUGCACAUUUUUGCCCUGUUUGGACCAAACUUUGCCAUCUUGUAUUACUGAGAAAAGAAAAGGGAAAUUAAAAUGAAUUGAACAAUCAGUGUUUGUUGUCAUGAUAUCCUGUCUCAUGCUGCUUAUUAUCUAUCCAUAUAAUUACAGAGCAUGUAGAGGGCACAUUAGCUGACCUUAUGUUUUUCCUAACCAGUGGGGGGAAAAAAAACUCUGGAAGAGAACAGGGCCAUGAUAUGAGGUCAACUAUGUACUAAUUUAUCUUAAAUAUAGGAACAGGAGUGGAGAAAUUAUAAAUCCUCCAGCAAAAGCUUGAGACUGUAGAUUUUGGUAAAGCAGAACAACAUUAAUAAUAAGGCUGUCACACUUGACUAGCUUUAGUCUACUGAAUUUAAAGCAACACCUUUUUCUCCUUUUUUUCAACCUAGCAUUUCAAUUAAAUUUGUGAUGUAUGAACAUUAUCCGGUCUAUAAUCCCCCAUUUUCCUCUCUUUUUAUUGUAAUAUUGUAAAAUAUUUCAAAGUAGAACACUGUAUACAAUUGUAUUUUUAUUUUAUUAUUAAAUCUAAUAAUAAAAAAAUAAUAAUAA